AUGAAACAAAUAAACACCGAAUCUGAACAUCCCUGCAUCACAGAAAACUCCCCAUCAUCUAUAAGCGUGAAAUCCACCCCUGAAAUUGAGAAAAAGUUUGUUCAUAGUGUUUACGAUGCAAUUGCCCCGCAUUUCAGUUCAACCCGGUUCGCGAAAUGGCCGAAAGUUGCUGAAUUUCUCUCAUCCCUGCCUUCAGGAUCUCUUAUCCUUGAUGCAGGAUGUGGGAAUGGGAAAUAUUUAGGUUUUAAUCAAGAUUGUUUUUUUAUAGGAUGUGAUAUAAGUCCUUCUUUGAUUAAGAUAUGUUUGGAUAGAGGACAUGAAGUUCUUGUAGCAGAUGCUGUGAAUCUGCCUUAUAGAACUGGUUUCGGCGAUGCUGCCAUAUCUAUUGCAGUGUUGCAUCAUUUGAGUACUGAGAAUAGAAGGAGGAAAGCGAUUGAAGAGUUGGUUAGAGUUGUUAAAAAGGGUGGUCUUGUUUUGAUUACGGUUUGGGCGGUUGAACAAGAGGAUAGCUCGUUGCUUAACAAAUGGACUCCGCUUGCUGAUAAGUAUGUUGAAGAGUGGCAAGGCUCCGGAAGUCCACGGGCUGCUCGCUUGACUUCAUCGCCUUCGUUGGAAAGUAUUCCGGAAAGUGAAGAGAGUGCUGUCAGUGCUGAGAUGAAAGUUUGCAAUGGGUCUGAAGUUUUGGGAGAUUUGGAGGAAGAAGAGAAUGUGAAGAAUCAGCAGGAGUAUUUUGUUCCUUGGCAUUUACCUUAUCAUCGCGCUGAAGUUAGUGGUGCUUCUGCUCAUGCUUUGGCUACCGGUCUUGCUACUAAAGAUGAUAUAAAGGGUGCUGUAAUUUAUAACAGAUAUUAUCAUGUUUUUAGUGAAGGCGAACUUGAAAGCUUGACAAAUGGGAUAAGCAAUGCUAGAGUUGUUGAUCAGUUUUUUGAUAAAUCCAACUGGUGCAUUAUUCUAGAAAGGACGCAAUGA